UUGAGUAGUAAAAGUUACUGUUUAUUACGUUUUCUGAAACCUCGUGAACGCCGAUCCGAAAGUUUAUUUUCAACAAUAUUCGGCCUAAGGUUCAUGUUGAUUUAAAUUUUUAUCGAAGAAAAUUUUUAAAGCUUAAAAUGGGUUCUGUCGAAAUCCCUCUUCGGGAUACCGACGAGGUCAUUGAGCUGUUCUUUGAUCAACUUCCUGAUGGAGAUGAAGUCAUCCAGAUUCUCAAGCAAGAACAUGCCCAAAUUCAUAUUUGGGUUACUCUGGCGGUGGAGUAUAACAACCAAAACAAGAUUGCAGAUUUUGUUAAGGUGUUAGAGGCAUCACGUACAGAGUCAAAUAUGAACUAUAAAGAUUCAGAGAAGGAUCAAAUGAAGGCUCUUGAUACUUUAGCUGCUCACUAUGUCCAACAAGCCAAUCGAGAAAAAAAUAAAGACAAAAAGCGUGAACUUUUCACUAAAGCAACACACCUCUACACAACUGCUGACAAAAUCAUCAUGUAUGAUCAGAACCAUCUGCUAGGUCGUGCCUAUCUCUGUUUGUUGGAGGGUGAUAAAAUGGAUCAAGCUGAUGCUCAGUUCAACUUUGUGUUGAACCAGUCUCCAGAUAACAUUCCUUCUCUUCUGGGAAAAGCCUGCAUCUCUUUCAACAAAAAAGAUUACAAAGCUGCAUUGGCCUACUAUAAAAAAGCUUUAAGAACUAAUGCAACCUGUCCAGCUGGUGUGCGAUUGGGUAUGGGUCACUGUUUCCUCAAACUGGGCAAUGCUGACAAAGCAAGGUUGGCGUUUGAAAGAGCUCUUGAUUUGGACCCAAAAUGUGUGGGAGCUUUGGUUGGAAUGGCUAUUCUGGAGUUGAACUUGCAAGAAUCAGAUUCAAUUCGCAACGGCGUUCAGCUCUUGUCACGUGCUUACGCAGUAGAUUCCAGUAAUCCUAUGGUUCUUAAUCAUCUUGCAAACCAUUUCUUCUUCAAAAAGGAUUACUCUAAAGUUCAGCAUUUGGCGCUCCAUGCUUUUCACAACACUGAAAAUGAGGCAAUGCGAGCUGAAUCGUGCUACCAAAUGGCUAGAGCUUUCCAUGUUCAAGGCGAUUACGAUCAAGCAUUUCAAUAUUAUUAUCAGGCUACUCAAUUUGCAUCCACAAAUUUCAUCUUGCCACACUUUGGUCUGGGCCAGAUGUAUAUUUACCGUGGAGAUACGGAAAACGCCGCGCAAUGUUUCGAGCGAGUGCUUAAAGCUCAGCCGGGUAAUUACGAAACAAUGAAAAUUCUUGGCUCAUUGUACGCAGCUUCUAGUAGUCAGUCGAAGAGGGAUAUUGCCAAGACUCAUCUCAAGAAGGUUACGGAGCAAUUUCCCGAUGACGUUGAAGCAUGGAUUGAGCUUGCACAGAUUUUAGAGCAAUCUGACUUGCAGGGAUCCCUGUCAGCUUAUUCCACUGCAAUGAAAAUUCUUAAAGAAAAAGUCCAGGCAGAUAUUCCUCCUGAGAUUCUUAACAAUGUCGGAGCUUUAUAUUAUAGAUUGGGAAACUUGGAGGAGUCAAGAAAAUAUUUUGAGCAGUCAAUUGAGCGUGCCAAAUCGGAUGCUGAGCAAGAGACUCCCGCGGAGAACUCUGAGCAGGAACCACAGGUGGAAAAUGCUAUUUGCGUUACGACAAACUAUAACUUGGGUCGAAUUUAUGAGGGGCUGUUCUUGUGUGACAAAGCAGAGAAAAACUAUAAGGAUACCCUUAAAGAACAUCCUAACUAUGUGGACUGUUAUCUGAGGCUUGGUUGCAUGGCACGAGACCGCGGUCAAAUUUAUGAAGCGUCAGAUUGGUUUAAGGAAGCCCUUCAGAUCAAUAACGAGCAUCCAGAUGCCUGGUCUCUUAUUGGCAACCUUCAUCUCGCUAAAAUGGAAUGGGGACCUGGCCAAAAGAAAUUCGAGCGCAUCCUUAAACAACCUGCUACUGCAACCGAUUCAUACUCAUUGAUUGCGCUUGGUAACGUCUGGCUCCAAACUCUGCACGUACCUACAAGAGACAAGGAAAAGGAAAAACGACAUCAAGACCGCGCACUUACACUGUACAAGACAGUUCUGAAGAACGACCAUCGUAAUAUUUGGGCUGCGAAUGGUAUCGGUUGUGUGCUAGCUCACAAAGGCUGUAUUCCUGAAGCACGUGAUAUCUUUGCAUCAGUUCGUGAAGCUACUGCCGAUUUUUCUGAUGUGUGGUUGAACAUCGCUCAUAUCUAUGUCGAGCAAAAGCAGUAUGUUUCGGCCAUUCAGAUGUACGAAAACUGCAUCCGCAAAUUUUUUCGACAUCCGCAUGUUGAAAUUCUUCAGUACUUGUCACGCGCACACUUUCGUGCCGGUAAACUCCGCGAAGCAAAACUAUCCCUACUUAAAGCCCAGCACGUCGCUCCACACGAUACGGUUCUCCUGUUUAACACGGCUCUCGUGCUGCAACGACUGGCAACCCAAAUUCUCAAGGAUGAGAAAUCGGAUCUGCAAACGGUGUUACAGGCUGUCAGUGAACUCCAGCUAUCGCACAAAUUCUUCCAGUGGCUUUCUGUCAAUGGCGAUCGCAUGCGCUAUGAUUUGGCUUUUGCUGCUGCUGAAGCGAGACAUUGUGGAGAUCUUCUCUCUCAGGCUCAAUAUCAUGUGGCACGCGCUCGCAGUCUUGCAGAGGAAGAGAAGCGCAUGAGGAAGAAACAGGAAGAAGAGAGAGAGGCGUUCCGUACGAAGCAGCGCGAGGAACAGCAUAGACUUGAAGAAAGUCGUAGACAAGAGCAAGAGAAGCUACUCAAGUUGCGCGAAGAGUUCAUUGAAAAAACGAAGAAAGCGACUCAAUUUAACGAGAUGCCAUCAGAAAAAGCCGAAAAGGGCAAGAAGAGUCGCAAGAAGAAGGAUGACGAAGAUGGAUUCGUUACGGACGGUAGUGAUCGCAUUCAAAGUGGCGAUGAGGGUGCUGGUCCGCCAUCAAAGAAACGUAAGGCAGAACGGAAACCGCGCCAGACUGAGACAAAGUCACGGAAGAAAGGAAAAAGCGGCGAAGAACGGGGACGAACGAAAGAGAAGAAAGGUCGAAGUGAAGGCAGAGGAGCCAAGAAGGGAAGUGGGAAAAAGUCAUCUAACGAUGUCGACGAUGGGCUUAGUUCAAAGCAGAAAAGCAAAGUUGUAUCUAAAGCCAUUAUUUCCUCCUCGGAUGAUGAUUCGUCGGAAGAAGGUGGUAAACUGCGCAUCGCUAGCGGUGGAGAGGAAAGUGGUGGUGAAGGAGCUGGAACUAGCCGACGAAGGAGAAUUGCUUCCGGAUCAGAAAAGAGCUUCAGCGGUCGGUCUGUCUCUCGUUCUCCAGCAAAAUCGCGAUCUCCGUCGGGGUCUCGAUCUGGUUCGGGUUCUCGUUCGGGAUCAGGAUCUCGUUCACGUUCACGUUCCUCUGGACGAUCGAAUUCAAGAUCUAAAUCGCGAUCCAAAUCCGGAUCCAAAUCGCGUUCGCGUUCAAAUUCCCGAUCGAAAUCUAGGUCCAAAUCCCGUUCCAAAUCACGAUCCAAAUCACGAUCCAAAUCCCGCUCUAAAUCCCGCUCUAAAUCCCGCUCUGUCAGUCGAUCAUCCCGUUCUUCGCGUUCUUCUCGGUCGUCACGUUCCAGGUCAAAAUCGAAAUCCGGUUCACGUUCGCGGUCAACAUCUCGCUCGAAAUCUGGAUCUCGUUCAAAAACACCAAAAUCUGGCUCUGAUGAUUCGGAUUGAAAACCUUUGUUCAUGUAACACUAAAACCUUGAGAAAUUCGACAAAUAAACCUCUCCCUUUCUUUCGCAGUUUAA